UGAAACUGGUUUGUUUUUCUUUUUUUUUGUAGAGCAGACAUGCAACUAGCAUCGACUGCAGUUUCACACAAACUGCAUCAACCUAAAGUGCAAUAUUUUCUUGUAACAUCCUGUGGAUUUUUGUUUUGACACACUGAUUUUACGUAAUGAAAUUCAACUGCGUGACGUGGAUGAGGUAAAUUUUGUAACGGUACGUAUAGAAACAUUGCAACUCUGCUAGAAACAACUUCUAACUUGUGUCUCAUUGUUGAUAGAAAAUUUAAAAAACAAUUCAAUUUGGAUAAAACAUAAUACUACUUAAUAAAGGUCAAGCAUUACAAGUUAAUUUGAAACAACCAUUUAGAUUGAUCAAAGAAAAUAAAAAAAAAAUUUAUCAAGAUGAGAAAGUUUAAUUUUUACAAUAUUAUUAUGAUAAUAUUGUUGGAAAUUAAUUUAAUAUCUGGUAUUCAACAAAGCAUACAUUCAUUAGCGAGACGUAAUCGAAUGAUAGGACGUCGUGUUCGAGAUGAGCUGAAGCCAAAAAUAUGUUUCGAUUUAGUUGGCUGUUUUGCUGAUCCACCAGCUCAUUUGACCCUGAAACGUAGACCAGAAGAUCCAAGUGUAAUUCAAACGAAAUUUUUAUUAUACACCAGAAAAACACGUGAUAAUAAUGAUGUACCACAUGAAUUGGUAUACUACGAUGAUCAAAGAUCAAUGAUAAAUUCAAAAUUUAAUUCAAGUAAAUCAUUAAAAAUUAUAAUCCAUGGUUUUAAAGGAAGUGGAUCAAAUGGAGCAUUGAAUGGUGUUAAUUCAUUGCUUGAUUUGGAAGAUGCAAAUGUAAUUAUUUUAGAUUGGACAAAAGGAGCUGGAACAAGUUAUCAAGCAGCUGUUGCUAAUACAGAACUUGUUGGUCGUCAAUUGUCAUUAAUUUUAUUAGAUGCAAUAAAUAUGGGAACAUCACCAAAUAAAAUCCACAUCAUUGGUUUUAGUCUUGGUGCACAUGUUGCUGGUUGUGCAUCUGAAGUGUUGAAAAAAAAAAAUUUACUGUUGGGACGUAUAACGGGACUUGAUCCAGCAUCACCAUUUUUUCGUCAUCAUAUAUUACGUGAAAAAUCAAGAAAAUUAGAUUCAUCUGAUGCUGAAUUUGUUGAUGUUAUUCAUACUGAUGGAUCGGAAAUAUUUACUGAUGGUUUUGGUCUUCUACGUCCAAUUGGACAUGUUGAUUUUUUUCCAAAUGGAGGAAGAGAACAACCAGGAUGUACUGAUGUUAAAAAUUCAGUUGUAUAUGGUCACUUUCAUGAGGAUGUUCUGGACAAUAAAAUAGCAUGCAGUCAUUCAAGAUCAUGGGAAUUAUUUGUUGAAAGUUUAAAAAGUCAAUUUGGUAAAUGUAAAUUUACAGCGUGGUCAUGUAAUCAAGGUGUUGCUGAUUUUUUUGAUGGUAAUUGUUUUCCACAUGUUGAUGAUAAUAAGCCAAGUCAAGAAAUGGGUAUUUCAGCAAGUCGUGGAUCACGUGGAAUUUAUUAUCUUGCUACAACACAUCAGUCACCAUAUUGUGGUGAUCCAGUAAGAGCUUCUGUUGUCACAUCAAAUAAUCCUUUGAGAACAAUUGGUACAUUGUUUUUACAAAUAAAUAUUAGAAAUUCAACGACUUUAUUUAAAAUUAUUUGCAAUUUAAAUGAUAGAAAUGAUGCUCAGUCAAUAUUGCAUGACAUAUCAGCAGUUAAUUAUGGAUCUCUUGAUGAUAAAAUAAAUGAAAUUGAAGGAAAAAUUUGGUACCAAUCGAAAUUUGAUAAUGAGGAUGAUGUUACAACAAAAAGACCACGUUCAUUGAAUUUAUAUUUUAACAAAUUAACACUAGAAGAUCGUCAAGGAAAUAGAUGGGAAUAUUGUAAGGAUAAAAGUUUCAUUGAUUUUAAUGAGAUCUCGCUGAUAUUAACGAGAAAUGGAUGCAGAAAAAUUUGAUGAUUAAAUGAUUAUGCAGAAAAAUAACCUUUCUACUUCAAUCAUCAACAUCAUCAACAUGUGUUGGCUACAUCAUGGUGCUACAUUUAAAUAUAUUAUCAUCGAAAUUUAUUACACGACCUUAAUCGUUAUUUCGUAGAUCCAAAAAACUUUCAAAUUAAUUUUCACAGUAUAAUCUAUAUGGCUUUUUAAAUGUCAUAAAUAAAUGCGUGGUUUUUUUUUUUUCUCUUUUUAUUUUCUU